AUGUCGACGAUUACAAAAACCGCCCUACAAACCUCAUAUCCCCCGAUUCUCCCCAAAUCCUUCAACGACAACCAACCCAAAACAAUCCGCCUCUACCCCCUCUCGAACUACACCUUCGGCACGAAAGAAACCCAGCCUGAAGAAGACCCCUCCGUUCUCGCACGCCUUAAGCGCCUCGAAGAACACUAUGUCGAGUACGGCAUGCGACGGACCUGUGAAGGCAUCCUAGUCUGCCACGAACACAACCAUCCUCACAUUCUGAUGCUGCAAAUCGCCAACGCAUUCUUCAAGCUGCCUGGAGACUACCUCAAACCCGAAGAUGACGAGAUCGAAGGAUUCAAGAUGCGAUUGAAUGAGCGUCUUGCUCCUGUUGGCACACAGUUUAGUGGCGAGGGCGUCAAUGAAGAGUGGGAGAUUGGUGAUACGCUAGCGCAGUGGUGGAGACCGAACUUCGAGACCUUUAUGUACCCGUUCAUCCCAGCGCAUGUUACCAGACCCAAGGAGUGUAAGAAGUUGUAUUUUAUUCAGCUUCCGAGACAAAAGGUUCUGAGUGUCCCAAAGAACAUGAAACUCCUCGCCGUCCCCUUAUUCGAGCUCUAUGACAACACAGCCCGUUACGGACCCCAAUUAUCCGCAAUUCCACAUCUCCUCUCAAGAUACAACUUCGAGUUCAUUGACGAGCAUGGACAAGUUGUAGCCGUUACACCUGGAGGUGGGCCGGAUGGCGACUAUGUUCCGAAAACCAAGGUCCUGGCUGGUGGUGACGAGGAGAUGAAGGAAGAUGGCCUCAAAGAUGAGAAUGGGAUCCACUGA